UACUGUAUACAGACCUUGAUAAUUCCUAACUGUUCUCCAAUAUAGCCUUCCAGUCCAGCCGAACUAGAACUAUUUAGGUUAGACUUUCCAAUCACAUAAAGCCAUUCCAGUGAGGCUGUGGCUGUGGCUGCGGCUAACAGACCUGCGAAGUCAGAGUGCAAAGUGCGCAGAUGCUGCACUCCACCGCCCACUGCACCGCCCAGCCACCCAACCACCCCAUUCUAGAGGCCCAUUUCUUGGAAACUAAUACCACUACUCCUCGGCUAGCCGCAGCCUCCCAUCUUUUCCAGAUCUAAGAGCGAGCGAGAGAGGAGCGGAGAGAGCGCGGUGAGAGUAGGCGCACACGAAGUUCACGGCGCCUGGAAGCUGCAGCCCGAAAAUUGUCCUGUUAGUACGAGAAAACUAUUGACAGGCGAAAGGUCUAAAACUCACUCAUAGGCUGGCAGAAAAAGCAGAUUAACUAGGAAAAUCUGACAACCGGCAUGGCUCAAGUUCAGCUCAUCGCAGGCAAUGGGCAAACCCCAAGCAACGGGAAUAAUGUCGAGGAUAAUGAACCGUAUCAAAUAAGUGACGAUGACUUGGAUGACCUGGAUGAUGAUUGCUUGCUCGAGGAGGCGGAUACCUCCGGAGGAGCCAAUAGUAUGGGGCGCGGUCCUUACGAGCGGGCUUGGACCACAGAGGCAACCAGAGCAUUAAUCCACAUACGCGGUCCCAUGGAGGGUAGCUUUACGGAGGGCAGACAAAAACGGACGGCUCUUUGGCUGCACUGCACGCGGCAACUACAGCGUCUGGGAUUUCGCUACUCCGCAGCUAAGGUGCAGAAGAAGUGGCAUAACAUCCUCAUCACCUACAACAAGAAUCUGAGUAAAAAAUACGUAUCCGGCUAUGUUCACUGGGAGUUCUUCGAGGAGAUGUUCAAGUACUUGCAGGGCAAGAAGGCCGACUUUGAUAUGCAGUUGCCACAACAGCCUUCAGUUGCCCCACAAGCUCCACCAUCUGCUAAUGGGCAAAACCCGACCCCGGGAGUUCCCCAGCAACCUCUACAGAUUCAACCUACUCCGGUGAGCCUUAAGCCUGGAACACCCCAAAUGCAGCUGCAAAUUCAAACUCAGACCUCGGCGAAGGAUGGCCAGCCGUAUAUUACACCUGUGGAUCAGGUCCUGCUGCAGGCCCAGAUGAAUCUGGACAGCAAGUCCAACGAUGAGUUCGAUGAGGAUAGUAACAGCAUGUCGGAGAUAGUCCGUCAACCCAAGAUGGAGUACGAUGGCGAGCAAGUGCCGGAGGCGGAACGCACCAACGAUAGCAGCCAACAUCUGGAAGUUAAUGGCAAGCUCUACGAUCUGGCACGACCCAUGGGCUCGCACCAAGCUUCCGGCAUUCCCGAUGACAUCUGGUGGAAGGACUACUUUGAAAGAAAACUGGAAGUGGAGCGGGAGAAGAUGGAGCUGCAGCGAAGUUUGCAGCGCGAACAGGUGCAGAUCCAAAAAAUGUCGCUUGUGCAGCAGGAGCGGAUUGAGCGCAUGAAGAUCGACGCCAUCAACAGCCUGACGGCCACGCUGCAAAAGCUGGUGGAGGCCAAGUGCCGGCGGGCCUAAGAUGUAUCUGUUCCUGAUCCCAAUCCCUCCCAGUAAAUUUCCAUACCUUUAGGCUUCUAUUCGUCUUGUAUCUAGUUGUGUGUGUAAAUACAAUUUCGGCCAACUAAAA